AUGAAACCACAAGACAAGCUUCUGCAAAAGAACCAAAUGAAGGGUCUACAUCAAUUCAUCGUAGACUUGAGGAAUUCUAAAGACCAGGAGGAGGAAUACAAGAAAAUCCGUACGGAAGCAAAUACUAUACAAAACAAAUUUCAAUCCACCACAUCGUUGAACAAUUAUCAAAAGAAAAAGUAUAUUUGUAAAUUGAUCUAUAUAUUUAUCCUGGGAUAUUCCGAAUUGGUUAACUUUGGGUUGAACGAAUCCAUCGAGUUGAUCAAGUCCAGCAUUUUUAGCGAUAAAAAGUUGGGCUAUCUUGCAGUGUCGGUACUUUUGAACAAUGAGAGUCCCAACAGCAUUUCGUUGUAUACAUCCAAAGAACACUUGAAUCAUAUUUUAGAAAUCACUCAUCCAUAUCUUGUACAGGAUCUACGGUCUUCGGACGAGGAGGUAAACUGUUUGGCAAUACAGAUGAUUGCAACAUGUUUUACUGCGUCAGACACCACGAUAUUUGACGGCGACGGAAACGCGAUUCAAUGGAUGGAACUUAUUGACGUCGUCUUUGCUUCAGCAACUUCGCCAUUACAAAAACCUGUUGUAAAACAAAAAGCAUUGAUAACUUUGAAAUCACUACUUCAGUUGUAUCCCGAUGUGAUCAUAAAGAACAGCAACUGGAUACCUCGUUUGUUGAAAAUAGUAGAGGAGUCGUCUGAUAUCGGAGUUGUGACUGCCAGUGUGCCAUUACUCGACUUUAUUUUGACAAUAAAACCACUACUUGUGAGGUCAGUUCUUCCAUCGGUAACUCAGAGACUUUACUCAUUAACUGUCUUGGAUGAAUGCCCCUCAGAAUACUACUACUACAACACACCUGCCCCCUGGCUUACAGUAAAGUUAUUACAAUUUGUUGAAAACAAUUUUCUUGUGUCUACAGGUAGUGGUGAGACUCAAUUCUCGGCAGAUCAGAUUGAUAGCGUCACCUUGAAUCAACUUCGUCAAGUUGUAUCUAAAUCUAUCCAAAAUGCAUCGCACCACAUCAAGGGUUUACCCAAUAGAAACUCGCGAAGCUCCAUCUUGUUUCAAGCAGUAUCAUUGGCGGUAUUUUUAGAAGCAUCUCCUGAAGCUAUUGCCGGUGCAUCUAAUGCGCUUUUGAACCUCAUUGUUUCAAAUGAUACAAACACCAGGUAUUUGGCUCUCGACGCGUUGAUAAAACUAACAGCUAGACUGGAGUCACCUUACUUGUCAACAAAGGACAAAUUUGGGGAGAUUUUGCCAAUUUUUGUCAACUUGCUCAAGGAUAAGGAUAUAUCGGUACGAAGGAAAACAUUGGAUUUGCUUUAUACGAUUUGUAAUGACGACACUUAUUCGGUGAUUUUGAACGAGUUAUUACUAUAUUUCCCCCAUGCUGAUCAACAGAUGAAACAAGAGUUGGCUAUAAAGAUUGCGAUUUUGGCAGAAAGAUUUGCAACUGACUCCACGUGGUAUGUUACAACAAUGCUCAAGUUGCUUUCCAUUGGAGGAGGCUCAAACGCCAACGGUGUUGGGUUUAUUAGCAAUGAAGUAUGGGAAAGGAUUGUACAAAUAGUAGUCAACAAUGACGAUUUGCAUAAGAAAACGGCAAAGAUGAUUAUUAAUUUGAUGAAAAAGCCAUUUGGGAAUUCACAAUCUCCCGUGUCGGAAUAUUUAAUCAAAGUGGCAGCUUUUGUAUUGGGAGAGUUUGGUCACGAGGUAAAUGAUCUUAACGAGACCAACGUAGGCGUGCAAUUUCGUUUGCUUUAUGAUGCGUACUUUGGUGUAUCAAUCUCCACUAGAGCAAUGUUGUUGAGUUCUUUUCUCAAGUUUCUUGUCAAGUUUCCAGAAGCUGAUUUUGUUCCCGAGAUUGUUGAUUUGUUUGAAGUGGAAACUCAAUCUUUGGACUUAGAGAUCCAGGGUAGGGCGUACGAGUACUUGAAAUUGUCCACAGUUCAUUCCGACUUCAGGUUAGCCAAAACUGUAAUAAAACCAGUACCUGCGUUCAAUCAACAAGAAAGUCCUUUGCUAAAGAGACUUGGAGUGUUACCCAAUAGACCCGGAGUUAGUAGAUCCAAAUCAAGAGUCUUGGCGCGGAACAUCAAAACAAAACCAGAGAAUGGCAAUGUUGCAACAGGAGAAGGUGCCAAGGACAAUGCCCUCACUAACAAUUGGUAUUCUGGGUUCCACAGAAUGCUUCAUUUUGAUGCAGGCAUAUUCUACGAAAACAACCUCAUCAAAAUAACCUACAGAUUGGUGAAAAGUAAUAACGAGUUUGUAAUCCAAUUCACGAUUAUAAACAAUGCUUCCAAGACCGUGGGUGAGACAAUAACUGGAUUUAAUGUUCUUAAACUUGACACAAUGGCAAAGAAAGAAGAUCCUAAUUAUUUACUCAGUAUUACACAUUUGCCCGAAUCCACAAUAGCAGAUCGUGGUCGCAUGGAUAUCAGUGUCAAAGUGAGAGGGGUUGUUGAAAAUCACGAGGAUCCAAUCAUUUCCCUCACUUUUAUGUGCGGUGGCUCUUUUAAUCAGUUGAACUUGAAGUUUCCAGUUCAGCUUAUAAAGACCCUAACAUCGGCACCAAUUCGUGGCAUCGACGAGUUUGAGAAAAGAUGGGGUCAAAUAGAGGAGCAUUUGGGACUCGAAAAGGGCGAGAGUAUGGUUGUUGUCCAUUUAUCACACAGACAUGAUGCAGCGCAAAUCUGUCGCUCCUUGUCCAGAAUAGGAUUUACGGUACUUACUGAAUCAGACCAUGGGAUCAAUGUGAUUGGUGCAGGAAUUAUCCACACACAGAAAUCGAAUUAUGGUGUGCUAGUCAAGUUACUAGGUUUGGAUAUAGAAGGAAAAGAUUUGAAAAUAAUUGUACGAUGUACAGGUGGUGGGGUAGCGGAUAUAAUUUCCUCUGCCAUGAAGGAGAUUUUUGUAGGUAAAUACAACUAA